ACGAAAUAAACGCCUUAAAAGUGUCAUUUAAACAUCUUAAUUCUAGCAAUUAGUUUUUUUAGUUUAGCUAGAAAUAAAAGAAUUUGUCAUAUUUAAAUAUUUAACGGUGAGGUUGACAUGGCAACCGUAAUGAAAAAGCGAGGGAAAGCAAAGCAGGAGACUGUUGAGUGGGACAGCUUAUUCCAUCAAGAACUGAGAACCCAGGAGCAGUCGUUGGUGUUUGUUAAACGAAUGCUGGUUUUGGCCGUGUCCUCUGUAACGUACCUGCGUGGGAUCUUUCCAGAAGACGCGUAUCGAUCCCGCUACUUAGAAGAUUUAUGCAUCAAAGUUCUUAAAGAAGACUGCACCUCUCCAGGAGCCCGCAAAAUUGUCAAGUGGUUGAUGGGGUGUUUCGAUGCUUUGGAGAAGAGAUACCUGCAAAUUGUGCUUAUUGGGGUGCACAGAGACCCAGAUGACACAAAUCAUGUCAUAGAGUCUUACCAGUUCAAGUUCAAAUACACAGACCAUGGGCCUCAGAUGGACAUCCUCAGAAACGAGAACAUUGAGAUGAGGGUGACCAUGGAGGACACAAAGAAGGCCUCGGUCCUGCUGAUCCGGAAGCUUUUUCUCCUCAUGCAGAAUCUGGACACGCUGCCAGAUGACGUCUACUUGACCAUGAAGCUCUACUAUUAUGAUGACGUGACCCCGUCGGACUACGAGCCACCGGGCUUUAAGGAGGGGGUGUGCGACAGCCUGUGGUUCGAGGGCACGGCCGUGCACUUCAGAGUGGGAGACCUGCAAACUCCUUUCCACGUGCUGAAGGUCGGAGUGGCAGCCGAGCAGGGCCGCGUGAGUAAACUGCAGGAGGGCGACCACCUGAGAGAGAGCGUCCAGGACUCUGUGCAGGAAGUGCCUGGACAAUACAAAGAGGAGGAUCUGCCAUCUGAGGACGAAUCAGCCGCGCAGUUCAAGCAACCCACGAAAGCCCCAGUGAAGAGAGGAGGCAACAGACUGUCUAAGAGAAAGAAGAAAGAAAUUUAGACACACUAUAUAGCGGUUUGUGUGGACGGAGGUUGUAUGUUCGCACUGUGUGUAUAUCCAUGUAUUUAUUAUUAUUUAGCUGUUGUUGUUUAGUUUUGUUGUUUGUUCAAAUGUUAUUAAUCUACCUGGUGACGCCCCUUUCAGAGACUGUAAUUCAGUAAAAGUGUAGAUAAAAAAUUAAAUAAAAAUAAAAAACACAGUGCACGACUGCAGAACGGAAAUACUUUUAUUAUGUUCUGCUUCCUUGUACAUGAAAUUCUCAACUUAAAUACAAAUCUUAUGAUGUAAUUAUUAUAAAACUUUUUUUUUUUUUUUUUACAAAA